AUGGCCUCCAUGACAAGGCCUCAGCAGCUCGAGCACAAGGAUGGGACCGGCACUGUCGUGGGCUGCUCCUGCACCGAGGCCAGGCCUGUGGCCACACCCCAGCCCCAGGAGAACCAGCAGAUGGGCCUCCAAGCGCAGCACCACCUGCAAAGAGUGUGCAGCAGAGAGUCCUGGAAAACUGAGGGCCCCCCAAAACCUCUCACCUCCCUGGAGAGUGCACUCUCCACCGCAAUUGGCAAGUUCAAGACCUCAACACCCGGGGACAAGGACCCCCAGCUGUUCCUGGGGGACAGGGCCGCAGCUCUGGGCCCUGGCGCCCAGGACAUGGUCGCUGUCCACAUGCUUCGGCUUUAUGAGAAAUACCGCCAAAGGGGCGCGCGGCCUGGAGGGGGCAACACGGUCCGCAGCUUCAGGCCCAGGCUGGAAGUGGUCAACCAGAGGGCCCUGUACUUCUUCAACCUGACUUCCAUGCAGGACUCGGAAAUGAUCCUCACGGCCACGUUCCACUUCUACUCGGAGCCACGGUGGCCCCGGGCUCACGAGGUGCCCUGCAAGCAGCGGGCCAAGAAUGCGUCCUGCCGCCUGCUGCCCCCAGGCCUCAAGGCGGCCCGCCGGGAUGGCGAACUGCUUCUCUCUGCCGAGCUGGAUUCUGGGGAGAAGGACCCUGGGGUGCCCCGCCCCAGCGCCCACGCACCCUACAUUCUCAUCUAUGCCAAUGACCUGGCCAUCUCAGAGCCCAACAGUGUGGCAGUGACACUGCAGAGAUACGACCCCUUCCCUGCUGGAGACCCGGAGCCCGGCGCCGCCCCCAACAGCUCCACAGACCCCCGCGUCCGGCGGGCCACGCAGGCUGCUGGGCCCUUCCAGGACAAUGAGCUGCCGGGGCUGGACGAGAAGCCAGCACAGGCGCCCCACGCCCCUCACGGCCACAAGCACGCACUGUGGCCCAGCCCCUUCCGGACACUGAAGCCCCGGCCAGGGCGCAAGGACCGCAGGAGGAAGGGCCAGGACGCGUUCGCAGCCUCCUCGCAGGUGCUGCACUUCGACGAAAAGACGAUGCAGAAAGCCCGGAGGAAGCAGUGGGACGAGCCGAGGGUCUGCUCCCGCAGGUACCUGAAGGUGGACUUUGCGGACAUCGGGUGGAAUGAAUGGAUCAUCUCUCCCAAGUCCUUCGACGCCUACUACUGCGCGGGAGCCUGCGAGUUCCCCAUGCCCAAGAUCGUCCGCCCGUCCAAUCACGCCACCAUCCAGAGCAUCGUCAGGGCCGUGGGCAUCGUCCCAGGCAUCCCGGAGCCCUGCUGCGUUCCCGACAAGAUGAGCCCCCUGGGGGUCCUCUUCCUGGAUGAGAACCGGAAUGUGGUUCUGAAGGUGUACCCCAACAUGUCUGUGGAGACCUGUGCCUGCCGGUAAGACCGGCUGCUCCAGGGAAGGAACCCCCCGGUGCCCUCGGGGCAGCGGCCUCCGCGCCCUGGAGUGAGAGCUUGAUUGGAGGUGCAGCUGCGAAGGCCGGGCAGCGCACAGGCAGUGCACAGGCGGCCUCGCAGCCCAGGAGGAUCUGUCCCCAGGGCAUCAUUCUGGGGUUUUAUUGCCAGUGACAGCCCCUGAAGGACCCGAGAAUCAGCCCAGUCUGAAGGGGGCCACCGCCCAUCCCGCGCCCCGGAGGCCGGCAAGCCGAACCUGUCCACACUGUUGGCGGCCGUGGCAUCAUCCCUGGCCUUCACAGAAGACUGCACACCUGGGACCUCGCUCCUCCCAGUGGAAACAGCCUCAUUAAACAAUCACAUUGGCCCCAUAUUAAUACUGGGAAAUAGGCCUAAGCAAUAGUAAAAACGGAUGUUUCUUUUCCCAGAUUCCACUGCAGAAGCUUUUACAAUCUGCACAUGUAAUCAAUUUUCAUUUCUUUUUCUUAAUAUAUAUUUUAUUUUAAAACAAAAAGGGGAGCUGUAACCAUUCCACACGGGUAAUCGUGCUGGGUAAGUGUGCAUUGUUCAAACAUGCUUAUUGAAAUAACACGCAGCGAUAUCUUGGAACACUAAAAAAUAAUCGAGAUUUUUAUAUUUUUAUAAAUUAUACUUUCUCUACUGUAGGUUGUGUAUGUUAUGUGUUUUAUGGAAAGCUAAUAAAUUAAA